GAGGAGCCAGGAGGAUCACAUACAUACUGGCAGAUAUUGAGAUGGUCAAGAGUGCUCUUUUGCAAAGCCGCUGAACCCUGAGCUCACUUGCAGUCCAAGAAAAGCCAUGCAGGAUGAAGAUGGAUAUGUUGCCUUAAACGUUAAAACACGGAAACCAGCGCUCACCUCAGUUGACCCCGCAUCCUCCUCUUGGUGGCGUGUACUGGCUUUGAUUCUGCUGAUCUUGUGCAUGGGAAUGGUUGUUGGGCUGGUGGCUCUGGGCAUCAUGUCUGUCAUGCAGCAAAAUUACCUGCAAGCUGAAAAUGAAAAUCUCUCAGGAACUCUGCAACAACUAGCAAAGCACUUCUGCCAAAAUUUAGUACAACAAUCAGGGCAAAAGGGCGGUUUCUACCAUAAAUGCAGCCCCUGUGACACAAACUGGAGAUAUUAUGGAGACAGCUGCUAUGGAUUCUUCAGGCACAACUUGACAUGGAAAGAGAGCAGGCAGUUCUGCACUGACAUGAAUGCUACUCUACUGAAGAUUGCCAACCAGAACAUUCUGGAAUACAUCAAAACCAGGACUGGUUUUAUUCGUUGGAUUGGAUUAUCCCGCCAGAAUUCUAAUGAUGUUUGGAUGUGGGAAGAUGGUUCAGUUCUCUCCAAAAAUAUAUUUCAGCUUUCUGGAGAUGGAAGAGAAAAUAUGAAUUGUGCUUAUUUUCAUGAUGGGAAAAUCCACCCUACCUUCUGUCAGAACAGACAUUAUUUAAUAUGCGAGAGGAAGGCUGGCAUGGUAAAGGUGGACCAACUACUAUAAUGCGAAGAGAGGGGCAGGACGUCACAGAAAACUGUUCGGCUGUACAAUAAAAGUUGUGCGUGGAGGAAUCCCUAA